UCCAUCAUCAGAAUUCAGAACUAUUUUCCGUUGUAUUCCCGGUAUUUUCAUCACCGGAGGUGGCUCAACCGUCAACGAUGGACCGGGAAACACCGUCAUCUUCGUCGGCGACGACGGGAAAGAAACGACAAAGGGAGGAAGACGUAAUCCCUCCAUUUGAAGAUAUUGACGCAUCUGUUUCACUCGAGGACAAUAUUACGUUCAGUGACACAUUGAUGGCUCUUAGAAUAAUGCGUGCUCAAUUUCCUCGAUUAGAUAAGGUCUCUAUUCAGCCUUUUGUUUUGCAGUCUCAACUGUAUAGCAGUGUUGAUGAUAGAACAGUAGUGGAUAGAGAACUAGAGUCAUUGAAAAGGGAUGGUGUUCUGCGCAUUUUUAAACUAAAUACAGGACAAGAUGAUCAUGCUAUAAUGUUCUUGGACGAUUUUCUAAAUCAGAUUGAACUCAUUGUGAAGAGAAUGGAAGCAAAAAAGCAGAACGGAAUUAUUGUAUUUGAGUGGUUUAAAGUUCAUGUCAUUAGUUCAAAGCUGGAACCUAGUAUUGGACACGAAGAGCUUUGUUCACUCCUGUCAAUUGGUGGAAAGGUGAAAGAUCAACAUAUUUCUCUUUUGAUUAAUGCUGGUCUUCUUACUCGGCAGCUUAUUGAUCCAAAUAAGUACUGGUUUGUUAUUCCAAAUAUUGGUUCUGUACUCAAGGGGAUUUCACAGGGAAGAAAGGAACUCUUGUCUCUUCUGACCCGUAGAAAAUACAAUGAGAUGAUGUUGUCUUGUCUGGAGAAAAAGAGGCUCCGAUAUUCCCCACUUGAUAUAAGAUUCCAUCUCAGAGAUCUUAUCGGUUCUGGCCACCUAAAAACAACCAAGACGCCUAGUGGCCUAAUUGUUCGUGUUGUGAAGGAAUGACUAAUAUUAUUCACCAGAUAUAUAACAUCCAAGUCUGGCUGCCCUUACAGAAAAUCGCCUAUUAAGGUAUUUAUUUGGUUAAACAUUCACUUUGUAUUAUUUAGUUGUGUUAUAGACUUCAUACUAUUAAUAAUUGGAUGAUAUGUUUGUUCCCAAUUGGACUCCAAUAGACAUGUCAAAAUUUAGGCAAUUUUAUGUACAUAGAUAGACAUGUAACAUAGAAUUAACUAUAAAUGUUGAAACAUGAUCGGUUUAUUCUUGAUCUCAUAAGAAUGAGGAUAAAGCUGGUUGGUGUGA